GGCGCGGAUCCGUCUCCGACCGUUUCCCGCUUCGCCGUCCCCGUCCUGCUUCCCGAGCUCCGAGUUAUUGUGUAACUACUACAUUGUGUACCAAGUGGUGGACGCCCCAACCCGGCCGGCGCCCCUGACAGAACAACAUUCAAUCCGAGCACACUGUGAACGAAGCCCGAAUCAUCAUUGCGAACCUCCGAGCCCGCGAUUCAAAUGUUCCGAUAAAUUCGAGUAAAAGUGCCGCUGGCCCACCAUGCCUCACGGGGGACAAAGCUCGACGACGCUCAGGCUGCUGGCCUUCCUCGGGCUCAGUUGCACUUUGGGCGCCGCAUUGCCAGAUGUGCCAGCCCCCGAUGACUUCCUACGCAGGGUCUGGGCGACAGCGACUGUCCUGGGCGACUAUGUCUACGUCGAUGGAGGGGAACUUACUCAAAUAGUAGACGGGCAGAGCCACGGGGCGGACGUAGUGAACUCGACACUCUCAAUUGACAUGUCCAAGUCGUGGAAAUCUCUCGACGUCACCAUCCGAACGAUCCCAAAACCGGGCCCCGCAAAGACCAACGUAGGACUAUGGACCGACACAGCCGCCGGCGUCUUUUACUCGUGGGGCGGCAGGUGGCCGGGGGGGAAGAACAUCACCAAGAACGCGCUCUGGAAGUUUAGGGCCGACGGCAAGGGAGGCGGGUCUUGGGCGGUCGAGGAACCGGAGAACAUGGUGCUUUUCCACGGCCUGCACCAGGUCGAGUACGGCGCCUUUGUCAACACGGAUACUACGGGGUUUGUGAUCGGCGGGGCGGCGCACGCGUGGACCGAGGAGGAUCACAGCACGGCCGAUCCGAUCCCGGGCAUGGUUGCCUUUGACAUGAAGAGCAAGAUCUGGCAGAACGGGACCGCGAACUUUAGCCCGUUCGGCAGCGGCAUCUUGAACAAGGGAACGGCGGCGUAUAUGCCGUCCAUCGGCCCGGACGGUUUGAUCAUAACCAUGGGGGGAUAUUCUCCGCCCCUCGACGGCGACUUGAACAAGUCGGAGGGGCCGCCCCUAGAUCUUCGGAACUUGACCUUGUUCAACCCGCAGACAAAGACGACAUAUUGGCAGACCGCGACCGGGACCAUUCCUGCGACACCGCGAGGCCAAUUCUGCACUGCCGUCUUCCCAACUUCUGACGGAGGCUACGAUAUCUUCAUAUUCGGCGGUAUCAACGCCCGCGACCAGUUCGACUACGGAGAUGCCUACAUCCUGAGCCUGCCGGGAUUCGUGUGGACGAAACUCCCCGAUCCUCCAGGGGGUGCACGCGUGGGAGCCAGCUGUGUCCGCGUGGGCAAUCGACAGGUGCUGAGCAUAGGCGGAUCAGACGGGUCGCAGUCGGAGGCGGACCCGGCGUCUCAGGGGCUGCUGCUCUUCGACAUGACGACGCUGGAGUGGAAGGACUCGUACGACGCCGAAGCGGCCGCCUACGAACGGAGCAAGACCAUCCAGGACUGGUACGACGACAACACACUCGACGAGGUCGACUGGUCAUCCACCGAGAUCCAGAACCUCUUCGUCGCCGCAUCAGCCAGCGCAACCGCCACCAACACCGACACAACCCCCCCACCAACAGGCAACCCCACCGCCUCACCAACCCCAACCCCCUCAACCACCACCCCCAUCGGCGCCAUAGUCGGCGGCGUAAUAGGCGGCAUCGCCGGGCUCGCAGCGAUCGGCCUCGCAGCCUGGUUCCUCCUCCGCCGGCGGCGCCAACAACAACAACAACAACAACAACAAAACCAACAAGACGCCACGCUCACCGACCCCAACUCGCCCUACCCACCCGGCCCACACAGCCACAACCCCGGCCUGGAUGUCUCAUUAGGUGCGGAUGCGGCCGCAGGGUAUUACGGAGCGCAGACCAAGGAGGACAAGAUCCCCGAGAUCGGGACAGGGCACGAGUAUCCCGAGCUGGCGGGGGCGGGGGCCGGGGGCGGGUAUUCCGAGCUGGCGGGGCCCGGGGGCGCCGGGUAUGGGUAUGGCGUGGGUGGUCCGUAUCAUCCGCCGGCGGGGGCGGUGGCCGAGCUGGGUCCGUACGGGCGACCGAGCGAGUUGGGGGAGGGGACGAGGCAUUAUGAGUUGGAUUCGACGCCGGCGAGGUGAGGUGUAAGGGGAGUGUAAUAUGUUGGGGUGUUUGGGGGGUGGGUGGCGUUGGGAGGGGG